AUGGUUUCUAGGAGUUUAACUGAAGUGUUUGUAUUGAUGCGUAACAACGCUAUACACAGCCGGCACAUAUUUGCGGACCAGCGUCCAAACACGGGACAGCACAAUGACUCGGAGAGGGUACGUCUCAUGCGGAGUAACUCCCAUGACUUGGAGUCCGGAAUGGAGAUGAGAACGGACUCCCACGCGCCUCCGCCUUGGACCGAUGCACUGGAGGAAGCACACUACGUUAUCACUAGGUUAAGAACAAAACUAUCAGAGCUACAGUCUCGUCAUGAGAAACAGAUUCGGCGUCCGUCCCUGGACGACACGACGGAGCAACAGCACAUACAGCGCCUCACUGCGGAGAUCGGCCGACACUUCACACAUGCGCACACGCAUCUUACGGCUAUCAAGGCGCAGAUACGACAUGGUAACCCAACGGAACAGAAGUUAGCGACGAACGUAGUGUUAGCGCUGGUCACCAUACUCCAGGACCUGAGCGUCACCUUCCGUACAGCGCAGUCAACGUACCUGAAGUCCCUCACGUCACGAGAAGAACGCUCCAACGCAUACUUUGAACUCCCAAACUUCGAGGAACUGAGCCUCGACGACAACGAACUCCUCCCAGGUUUGUCCAACAACCAAACAGACCUACUAUUCUCCCUCCCCAGCACUUCUGGCACUCAGAAGUUUGACGAUAACGAUGACUUCUCAAGACCAGCUCUCAACCAAAAACAACUAUUACUUAUGCAAGAAGAAAACACAAGAGAUGUAGCGGAGAGAGAAGAAGAAGUGAAUAAAAUAGUUCGUUCUAUAGUGGACUUGAAUGAUAUAUUCAAAGACCUAGCACAUAUGGUUCAUGAGCAAGGCACGGUGCUUGAUAGGAUAGACUAUAAUAUAGAGCAGACUCAAGUUCAGGUUCAUGAAGGGUACAAACAGCUGCAGAAGGCGGAGAGGUACCAGCGGUCCAAUAGGAAGAUGCACUGCAUCCUCAUACUAGGACUCACCAUCAUAGUGUUAGUAAUCCUCCUCAUCAUUGUCAAGAGUUAG